UCACUUCAGAACACAAGAUCCAGGAGGCCAAACCAUAGACAGUAAAAGAAACACCCCCCCAGGAUCUUGUGUUCUGCAGUGAGGACCAUCUCGCUCCAUCAGGGAAAUCCUCGAUUACUCCUUUUGUUCCCCACUAUCUACUCACUUUGGUUUUCAGUUAAUUACGAUUGGAUGACCGCUCUGACCGAAUCGUUAUUAAUCCCAUUCGAGAACGAAUCGUUUAGACCAGAUUUGUGAACCAUAGCAACUAAUUCACUAAAACGAUUCGACUCAAAAGAACCUUCCAUUCACAAUGCGGGCAUUGAUAAUGUUACCCACUACCUUUCGUAGCGGGACUUAUAUUAUUUAAAGAAACAGGAAAUCCCCUGUAGGGACCAUGCACACUAAGCUGAUCAGUAGCUAGGACGCGUUCGACACUCUGUUUAAGUUGGAAAGCAGUGCAGGUAUGAAAAGGUCCAGAUAUGAAGACGACUCUGGCACAAUACACUUGGUUCAGGAAAGUGGGCAGAAGGCGAACAAGCUCCCUCGAUCCGAGGUUGAAAAGAUGAUUUCAGAUAAGGUUGUGUCUGCAGUCGAGCAGUCAGACUACAAGAUGAAGAAUCUGAUGGAGAGAAUCAAUGAGGUGAAUGGUGAACCCAAAUACGAUGUCAGAAUCAAGAAACUGGAAGCCCAUGUAAUGAAGAUAAAACGAAGGGGAGAUGCCAUAUUUGCAUAUAUUAGAAAGUUCAGAUCCUUGGGGAUUUCUCACAGUCCGUCUCCUCCUCCUUUAAGUCCUUCUCCCAUGCAGCCACAGCAAUGCAUCUCUCCAGCUGAACUAAUAAACAAUAUAUCCAGAAGUUCAGUCAAUGGAGGGUGUUUCAGUAACAGCGCGUCAGUGUCAUCCGCAGACAAUGAUUGUGAGAUGACCACAUUGAGAAGACCAAAGAUGGGGUUCUGGCAGAGUUUGAAGUCUAAGAAUCAGAUUGUUGACCUUACAGAAGAAGACCAAGCAGACAGACUGAAUGAAGAGAGCCCGGUUACCCAACUAUCGGAUCCGAUAUUGGUACCUUCGAAACCAGAACAAUCAAAACCCUCAAGCACACCACCUAUAGCCAUUAAAGAAGAAAAUCCAAGUGGUAUGGAGGAAGACUGUGUCAGUUCUUCAGUACAGUUGGAAGAGGAGGACUGGCACUCAAAACUCCAUCCAUUCCCAGACACUCCAUUUCCCAAUGAGCUUCCAGUUAUUGCUGCCUCUUAUAACUUGCCCCAGAAGCCAGUGGUGAAACUAGCUCGGAUUGGAACCGCACAAGAACUAGGCAUCGCGUGGAACGUUGAUCAGAAAGAUCCACAUGUUGCAGAGAUGGAUUGCUACUUCAUUUAUGUUUCCCAUGAACAAAAAAAUGGCACUUUUUCAGGAUGGAAGUGCCUUGGAGAGAUCAAAGCCAUGCCUCUUCCUAUGGCCUGCAAGUUGUCAGACUGUAAAGGAGAUAAACGACUGUGCUUUAUCGUUGUGGGGAAGGAUAUAUUUGCCCGUUAUGGGCCAUACAGUGAAAUACACACUGUUACACCAGGACAAAUGUGAUUCUGAAAAAUAUUUGGAAUAUUUAAUGUUUCAGUUUCUUAUAAGAUAUUGAGUUGGGUACAAAUAAAGUUAAAGCUGCUGUUUUUUUUUUUUCACUGAAGAAAAUCCAAGUUUCAAAAAAGUAUCAGAGAGCCAUGUAAGUCAUUCUUCUUAUUUGAAUCUCACUAAAACAACAGCAUUAAGAAAGAA